AUGACGGUGAUUUCGCCCAAAAUUGAGGGUUUGCUGGGGAUGCUUACCAUUCGUUUGAAUGAUGAUAAUUUUGUCAAGUGGUCCUUUCAAUUUCAAUCCGUUUUGCAAGGUUAUGAUCUUUUUGACCACUUUGAUGGCUCCUCAGUUUGUCCACUGAAGUUUGUUAUAGAUACUGAGCUUGGUGUCACUACUGAGGUCACUAAUGCUUAUAAGAGUUGGACUCAGACUGAUAAGGCUCUCUUGAGUCUCUUAAUUGCUACCUUAUCUGAUGAUGCGAUUGAGUAUGUCAUUGGUAGUAGGACCUCUGCUAAGGCUUGGACUCGUUUGCAAGAUAGAUAUGCCACAGUGUCUAGGGCACGUGUUAAUCAUCUUAAAACUGAGUUUCAUACUGUGCACAAAUGUGCUGAUUCUAUUGAAAAGUAUUUGCUUCGGAUUAAGACAGCUCGUGACCAGUUAGUUGCGGUUGGUGAACGUAUUACUGAUGAUGAUGUGGUUAUCACUGCUCUUAAUGGUCUUCCUCAAGACUAUGACAUGAUUCAUACUGUGUUGCUUGCUCGUGAUUCAACCAUUGGUCUCAAAGAUCUUCGAGCUCAGUUGCUUAAUGCAGAGAGACAAGCUGAAAUUCGUUCCAGCUCAACUCAAGGUUCUAGCUCAAGACCUUAUAAUGGUUACAAUGGUUCCCAGUUUCGAUCUUCUCCUCAGUCUGACAGAUUCAGGUCAUCUGGAUAUCAUGGUUCUCGAUUUUAUUCUGACAAGCAUGGUUCUAACUCUUCUGGUUUCAAGCAACACUGGGGUCCAUCUUCUGGUUUUAAGUCUCAUGUUAUCCCAGAAUGUCAAAUCUGUAGUAAGAGGGGUCACACUGCUGCCAAUUGUUUUUAUUGCAAUACUGCUGAUUCAAACUCUUCUCCUGUUAUUCAGUGUCAGAUUUGUGAUAAAAAAGGUCACGGUGCUCUUGAUUGCUACCAUCGAGCUAAUUUUGCUUUUCAAGGACAACCACCACUAGCUUCUAUCCAAGCUAUGACUGCUCACGCACAAGGGUUUGAGUCUCAAGACAAUUGGAUUGCUGACACAGGAGCAACUCAUCACAUGAUACCAAAUUUAUCUGUGCUUGAGAAUGCUACUCCAUAUGAUCAAGAUGACAAGAUAAUUGUUGGCAAUGGGGAAGGUUUGCCUGUUCAACAUAUUGGUCAUGCUAAUCUUCCUAUCACUUCUUCUCAGUCCUUAUUAUUACCUAAUGUUUUGCAUGUUCCACAUUUAUCAGCUGAUUUGCUUUCUGUCUACAAGCUUUGUCAUGAUAAUAACUGCAUGGUUACUUUUGAUGAUGCUGGUUAUUGUGUGCAGGACAAGGCAACAAGGGCAGUUCUUCUCAAAGGAAUGAGUAGCAAAGGCCUUUAUCAUUUUCCUAAAUCUCUACCAUUCACCUCUGUUUCUUCACCCACAGCUUUUCUUGGUCAGAAAAUAAACUAUAUCAUGUGGCAUCAACGCUUAGGCCACCCUACUAAUGAAGUCCUUGUGAAAAUGUUGCACUCUUCUCGAAUAGUAUGUUCUCCCGAUUCUUCAUCUAUGUGCUCAACUUGCUUAGGUGGUAAAAUGUCUAGGCUUCCUUUUCCUACACCACCUGAGUUACAGUCCCUAUUAGUUUUUGGGUCUGCUAUGUUUCCAUAUCUUAGACCUUAUAAUGAUAACAAGUUGCAGCCUAGAACUUGUCAGUGCAUCUUUCUUGGAUAUGCUAAUGGUUAUAAGGGAGUUAUCUGCUAUAACAGAGAUUCAGGGAGAUUAUUUUUGUCUAGGCAUGUUGUUCAUGAUGAGACUGUGUUUCCUUUUAAGCUAAUGCACUCAACUCAUCCCUCAAGUUCUUCUCCCAUGCUUCUUCCAGUAGUUUUACCUGUAGCUCCUGCCCCAACCACAGAUUCUGAUAAUAUCCCACCUCAAUCAUCCAUACCACCAUCCUUACAUUUUUCUCUGCAGGAUUCUACUUCAUUUGCUACUCCUCCUCGCCCUUUCACUAUGUUGCCUGUCCUUACAGAUGCACAAUUACAAGUGAUACUCCCUAUGCGUUCUUCCUCUCAUACUGAUAACGGUCAUCUACAACAUGCUUCUCCCUCUACUUCUGUAACCUCUCAGUCAGGUUUGGUUCAGAGUGUUCAUCCUAUGACAACUAGACUCAAGGAUGGUACAAUAUCUAGAAAACAUUACUCUAAUGUUGCUCAUUACACACAGUCCGUUGAUCACUCCUUCUCUGGUGUUACUUGUAUUGCUCAUAUUACAGAUACUAGUGAACCUUCUCAUUUUAGAUUGGCUGCUUCUCAACCUCAUUGGCAGCAAGCUAUGCAAGAGGAAUUUGAUGCUCUUACAGUUCAAGGCACCUGGGUUUUAGUGCCUCCUCCACCAAACAGAAAUAUUGUUGGUAGUAAGUGGAUUUACAAAGUCAAGAAAAAUCCAGAUGGCCCUGUGGUUCGCCAUACCACAGUCAGAUUGGUGUUAGCUCUUGCUGCAGCAAAUCAUUGGGAGUUGCGUCAAUUAGACGUCAAAAUUGCUUUUUUACACGGUGAUCUUCAAGAAGAAUUACUCAAGUUCUUGUAUGGUCUUAAACAAGCUCCUCGAGCUUGGAAUGCUAAGUUCACCAGUUAUCUUCCUACUUUGGGUUUCACUCUAUCUCAUUCUGAUCCAAGUCUAUUUGUUAAGCAUACUGGCACUGACAUAGUUCUUCUCCUUCUUUAUGUGGAUGACAUUAUCGUCACUGGUUCCUCCUCUACAUUAGUUCAAUCUAUUAUUACAUAUCUGGGUGAAGCUUUUGAUAUGAAAGACAUGGGCAAACUUACUUAUUUUCUUGGAUUGGAGAUUUCAUAUAUUUCAAAUGGUGAUAUUUUUGUCAACCAGGCUAAAUAUCUUCAAGAUCUUCUCAAGAAGGCAGCCAUGGUUGAGUGUAAACCAUGUUCAACACCAGCUAAACCUCAUCAGCAGUUUCUUAAGGAUGAAGGUGUUUCUCUCCAAGAUCCUACCAUUUAUCGAAGUCUCAUGGGGGCUCUUCAGUAUCUCACUUUCACUAGGCCUGAUAUCGCCUAUGCUGUCAAUUCUGUAUGCCAGUUUAUGACAGCUCCUACAGAUAUUCAUUUUGGUGCAGUCAAACGUAUUCUCCGAUAUCUCAAGGGUACCUCUCAUUAUGGUAUCACUUACACUUCAAGUGAUAUGCAACUGCUGGUCUAUAGUGAUUCAGAUUGGGGAGGAGAUCCUAAUACCAGGCGCUCAACCACUGGUUAUGUGGUUUAUCUUGGGAACAAUCCCAUCUCAUGGCAAUCUAAAAAGCAAACUUCUGUUUCAAGAAGUUCUACAGAAGCCGAGUAUAAGGCUUUAGCUCAUUCUACCUCUGAGGUUUCGUGGAUACGACAGAUUCCUAAGGAUAUGAAUUUCUUUCUUGCAGCCCCUCCUCUCUUGCAUUGUGAUAAUUUGUCUGCUCUUGCCUUAAGUUCAAAUCCUGUUUUUCAUUCCAGGAUCAAACAUUUAGACACCGAUUUUCAUUUUGUUCGUGAAAGGGUUCAGCGCGGGGACAUUCAUGUUCAAUAUGUGCCUACACAAGAACAGGUGGCUGAUGUGCUCACCAAGGGGCUUCACAGUCCAGCCUUUUUGCAACACUGCUCCAAUCUAAAGCUAGGCCCGCCAGCUUAG